AUGGGCAGCAACCACAAUCAUCCGGCACCGGCGGCCCAGAUUCCGACCAGCUUCGGUCACGAGCUAAGGGCAUGCCUCCGAUGCCGGCUCGUCAAGACUUACGACCAGUUCAGGGAGUCUGGGUGCGAGAACUGCCCCUUUUUCAAGAUGGAGGAAGAUCAUGAGCACGUUGUCGAUUGCACCACUCCCAAUUUCAAUGGUAUAAUAUCUGUUAUGGAUCCCGCAAGAAGCUGGGCGGCUCGAUGGUUGAGAAUUGGGAAAUUCGUCCCCGGCUGUUACACCCUUGCAGUUUCAGAGCAGCUGUCAGAGGAUUUGCAGAUGUUAUGUCAAGAAGAGCGCGUGCUUUACGUUCCUCCAAAGCGUGUAUAA